CAGAGUGUGUAAUACACUUCAGGCUCCAUUGACAAGAGUCCGGGGUCGAAGAGCCGGGCUACGUGAAGGGAUCGGGGCGAAGAGGUACAGCGAGGCAGGAUCAAGGAGCGCGGGAGCACGAACAGAUCAGCCUUGCUACGGACUGCCGGGAAGCUAGAUCAAAGUUAAGCGACUGCCAAGAGCAGCAUCCCCGUAAGUGUUUGUGUACAUAAUACGUAUGUUUUGCAACGGGACCUACUAGGAACUGUUGUCCGGACAGAGGUAAACCCUUCACCAGGAUCUGUACGGAGUAGUUCUCCCUCGGAGGUGACGGAAGGGCAUGAGAUCGUUUUCAACCUGCUGGUUGGACCGUACCUGGGAAUCUAAGAACUGCUGAGACUAAGAAGGGGCGCAGAUGAUCAAAGAGAAAUGUCCAGGAGGAAACAACGUAACCCCCGACAGAUCAAACGUCCCUUUGGUUCGAUGGAAGAAGGAGAAGAGAGCUUUGGUGACGACAGGAGUUUAUCAGAAAGAGAAGGCGGAACUUCAGACCUGGAGGGUUCUGAAGAGUGUGACUCUUCUAGCCCUACUUACAGUGAAGAUCCAUAUUCCAAGGAAGCAUCUGACAGUCCUGCAGACUCUGACAGUAAAGAAACUGCUGAAGAUAGUGAGGAAUUAAACACUUGGAAAGCACCAGGAGCGUUUGAGUUGAUACACAUGGCUGGCAAGGCAAAAGUACGUGUAAAACAGUGCCUGUCUGAUGCUUCAUGUUGGGGACCUUAUAAAGGAGAAAUCCAGUACAAUGCAAGUAAUCUGAAACAGGGUAAUACGGUCCCUCCUUUCAUCCUGGAUCUGGAAGACGAGCAUUGCUGGCUGAGGAUACUUCCUCUGGUCUCAACUGAAGCAGAGGCCAACUGUAUUAUCUAUAGCAAAGGUGGUGAGAUUUGGUGUAAGAUGACAAAAGCCGUCUCUGCAGGAGAAGACAUCAUUGCAACCCUUGUGGCUGAAAAGCCAAGGGAGACAGCUGCAGCAGUGAAUCACAUGGUAAAAUCAGAGCCAGAGGACUCGGUGUAUUCUGCAACCUUGCCUUCAAUGUCUGAUAUUCAGCUUCUUCCACAACAAGCUGGCAUGGCAGCCAUAUUGGCUACAGCUGUUGUCAACAAAGAUAUCUUUCCUUGUAAAGACUGCGGAAUCUGGUAUCGAAGUGAGAGGAACCUUCAGGCUCAUUUAUUGUAUUACUGUGCCAGUCGCCAAAAAUCCAGUUCCCCAGCUGCAGAAGAGAAACCAAAGGACACCAGUUCAAGUGAACGAGUCUGCUCCUUUCCCCACUGCAACAAGAGCUGUCCGAGUGCUAGCUCCUUGGAGAUACAUAUGCGAAGUCAUAGUGGGGAAAGGCCAUUCAUCUGCCUGAUCUGUCUCUCAGCUUUCACCACCAAAGCCAACUGCGAACGUCAUCUGAAAGUACACACUGACACUUUAAAUGGAGUUUGCCAUGGCUGUGGCUUCACCUCUACAACUCGGGAUAUUUUGUAUAGUCACCUGGUAACAAAUCACAUGAUCUGCCAGCCAGGCUCGAAGACAGAGGUGUAUUCCCCUGGGUCUGGACUUCCUACUAAGCCAGUAACACCAGGUUUGAGUCCGGUGAGUGCCAGCCCCAAUUUAAGGUGUACGAUUUGUGGCUUUUUAGCAGACAGCAUCAUUGUUUUGCAUCAGCACACAGCAGAACAUACUCUGAGAAGCAGCAGCACAGACCUAAGUCAAGUGCAGCACCAGGAGUCCACAAUAUCGCCAAAAGGAAUUGAAAACAGUUCCAGUGCCCACCUAUAUGAUGCAACAGACAAAAAAGACAUGGAUGCUGCUGUACUUAUAAAUAACUGCCUUGCAGAUGAGGUUGUUGUUCCUUUAAAAAUUAAAGAAGAACCUACUGAAAGCAGAAGUCCUAUGUCUGAAAAGGAGGCAGAUUUGUUUUUAGAGCCUGCAGGACAACCAGCCUCAGAUACUGGACAAUCGUCUGGAACUUCAUCUCCACAAUGCUUGCCACCUGUUCAGAUAAAGACUGAAGUCUCCAGUCCUACUCCUGGAUCAAGCCCUGUGCAUGCUGGAGCCAGUUCUGUUACACCUGGUGGGACUGUAUUCCUGCCACAGUACUUGUUUGGCACUGAAGCAGCCGUGGUCCCUCAAGCUUCAGAAAUCCUGGCCAAAAUGUCUGAACUAGUCCACAGCAGACUGAAACAUGGGCAAAGCGCUGUUCCUCUUCUAUAUGCUGGUGCACAAAUACCGAAGGGAGCUACCUGCUUUGAGUGUGAAAUCACAUUUAACAACAUUCAGAACUAUUUUGUGCACAAGAGGCUGUAUUGCUCUAGUAGACAUUUGCGAGAAGAAAGUCCACCUGGUAUGCAGAAGUCCAGGGAUUCUGCCAUGCCUGCUGUAUCCAUUUCUUCAGAUGUUCCUUCUCCUCCAAGUGCAACUCCUUCUACUUCUCAAGACCAGAUACAUAAAGAAGACAGUACAGUGGAUGCUAGCAUUAAGAUAACUGAUAUUAAAGAAGAGGACCACACAGCAAAGGACACUAGUUCUGAGGCUGAGAGGGCCAGCAGAGAAAGUGAAGAUGGCCAGACUCCCAGCAGCUCUACAGAUGAGCUGGAUGACGAUCCACUAAAAACGGUGUGUGAUGCCUGUAACAUUAGAUUCAGUCGCCACGAUACUUAUAUUGUACAUAAACGCUAUUACUGUGCUUCUAGGCAUGACAUACCCUUUCGGAGAUCAUGUAUUGGGAAAACUCCUUUUGAACGGCAGCCUGUGCGCACCAGGAAGAGGAGAAAACUGUAUGAAAUCCAUGGGGCAGGAAAUCCUUCAGUAUUACCCUUACAUAACUCACCAGAAGUAACCUGCAGAAGUCCUCAAGCUGCAUCUGCCCAGUUUGAAGGUGUGGCUAACGCUGCAGAACAGUUACAUGUAAAGCGGGAAUCAUCACCUGUGGCAUCAAAGGCAGAGAAUGCUACAAUAGUAGCAGGCUUUAUUCCUGUCACUAGGACUUCUACUGUUCCUUCACCUAGUUCCAGUCCAGAUGGAGAGGGACCCAUUGAUCUCAGCAAGAAGCCUCGAAUCCAUGGAGAAACACUGACACCACCGUUACUUCCACUGACAGAUUAUCAUGAAUGUACAUCAUGUAGAGUAAGCUUCAACAGCGUUGAAAACUAUUUAGCACAUAAGAAGUACUACUGCCCAGCAACUCAGCUCCAACAAAAGACAUUGGAACAACUUCAUAAGAUUAAAGAACCAGUUCUAGCUGUACCAAAACAGCAACUCAGCAGUGUCACUGAUAAGCCUUAUGUAAAAAGGUUAGAAAGUGGGAAGAUUAAGACUGAAAAGUAUGUAGCUGGAAGUCCCACCUCAGUCACAUCUUGUACUAGUCCUUCUCAGCUACCUGGCACCUGUGAAUCUAAUAUAAAUACUGUUGUAGAUACUCCAAGAAUUCAUGCUAACGUGAAGACUGUUUCGCUUUCUGCAAAUGUGACUGCUGCUAUGCACCCCUUCUGCCCAGUUAAUGGGAACAUUAAAGGGGACCUUAGGGAACACUACCGAAAUGUGCAGGGAUUGUUUGUAACAAAGCAAGCUUCAACCUUUGCGGUGCAAGGGAAUGUGAAAGACACAGCAGCACAAGUAAGAUGUCAGUCUGUAGGCAUAUCUGAAACUAAUCUGCCAUCUCAUCAGAUUUCUGCUUCACCACCACAACAAGGCACUCGUGUUCGAAAAGACAGUCUCACUAGUUUAGAUCAGAGAGAGGCAGCAUCGUCUCCCCAUGUAUCUAGUGGGAGCCCAGUGCAGAAUGCCUCCCCAAGGCCAAUUUUAACCAUUUCUCCUGCUCCUUUAAACCUCUCACCAGUGCCUGAAGUCCUCAGAGAGGCAGGACUCAAAUCUCACAUACCACUUGUGUAUACUGACAGUUCUCAGACAGCCAGGAGUGUCCCUGUAGUCCUUUCCAAUGGAAACACUAGAUACUGUCGUUUGUGUAACAUUAAGUUCAGCAGUCUCUCCAAUUUUAUAGCUCAUAAGAAGUAUUACUGUUCCUCUCAUGCUGCAGAACAUGUAAAAUAAGCUUUCUGUUAAUUUUCACACUACAUACAGGGGUUUCAUAUUUUUCUCUUGUGAGCAUUGAAGGAAAAGUAAGUUCUGUAACUUAUUUAGAUGUUUUUUUUUUUUUGCCAGAACUCAGCAUCUAUUUUUUAAAUCCACACUGAGCCACACCAGUAACAGGUUUCAUUCCUUUGGGUAUAGGUUCCUGAACAAGGGAAAAUCAAAUCUGCCACAACUCCCAAUGUAGCUGUUUGAAUCUUCACAAAUUACGAGAGAGUAGUUCAGCUGGAAAUUGUGGGAAUGUGUUGCACAGAGCAUUUGUAAAUGUUUUGUGAUCCUAAUGUGUCCUCAUCUUUCUCUGCUAUUAUAUCUUUACUUUGAUUUACCUGUCAGUUUGAUGCCUAAUUAAUAUCACUAAAGAUCAGUUGCUCUGGUGUGAUUCAAUGUUCUUUUUAUGAUGUCUGAUGUCUCUUUUGACACUGGUUAUGUAUUCAUACAUGUUGUAAGUAGUAGCUUGGCUGGUCUUACAAAAGUAAACUAGUGAUGCUGUCAGAUGUACCAGCUAAACGUUGUGGCUGCAUUUAUAGUUCAGCAAACACAUAUAUGACAAAUACACACAAUAAUGUCAUCUUUGCAAAAUAUAAUAAAGCGUAUAUUGUGGUUUGUGUUGGCACACGUGUAAGUGAUGGGGAUGGUACAUUUGUUGGAGGUGCAGUGUUUGAAAAAUCAAACAUGAAUUUCUGGUUGAAAUUAGUGCACAUUUAUUCCAUGUUUUGCAUUUGGGAUUUCUUAUGAAACUUCUGACUCCCAUUGUCAUCCCAUCAAAUUUUUCAUGCACUACUGCUUCUGGAAGACAUCAGGAUCUGAACUGUUCCCAGAUGCUGAGUCCCAGAUAGGUGAUGCUAUGCAUUAAGCUGUAGCCAUAGAGUCCUCAGACAACAGACAGCAGAGCUUCAUUAUUGCACAGUCCAGUGCACCAGCUCUAUAUCACCUCUUUAGCAACACUGAUAUAUGCCAUCAGCAGAGCCAUAGCUGGUUCAUUUGGUGCCAUGUGCGGUUGCUUCCUGAUCUGAUGCCCCUCAGUAGUAGGUUGAGGAGUGAAGUAUAAAAAGUCCAUUCUCCAGUCUGGCACUUCCCAACACUAGAGGAACUCUUGUCCUACCAUCAUGUGUCCCCAUGCUCUAAGUGAGAGUAAAUAAAGUUCAUUCUCCAGUCUGGCACACCUUCCUUCUUUCCUGAGAAACAGUGCCAGAUCCUAACACCCUCACAAUCUACUUUCCCACCUUCACAUUUACAUGAGGAAAAAAAUUAAAAAUAGAUCUGCUGAUCACACCCCCUAACACCUUGCACUUGAGCUGGCUGCCCCCCCCCCCCCACCAUCACCACCACCAUAGCUACUAGUCUCUGAUCAGUAUAUUAGAUAUACAUUUCUGUAUGUACAUUAUAUCUGUCACAUCAUCUCCUCCAGUUUUUUUCCCUCUUUUCCAGCUGUUCGCUGAGGCCAUGUAGCACAGAUUUUCACAAUCCUUACCCAUUUAUAGGGAAGUAGAGCUGUUUUUUGAUGCUCCUGUCCUCUUUCAUUUGGUUGACUGUUCACUAAAAGUCACUUCUGACAUCUAUCAAAGAUGUCACAAAUGGUUGUAUGCAUGUGUGCUGUAUGCCUGAAGUAGGCAUAAAAUGCAAAAAAUAGUAAAGUAGCAUUUUAACAGAGGGCAAAAUUACAGGCUUUUAUCUCCGGUGUUCACAGAACUUUAAUAAAGACAUUAUAGUCUGAGGUACAGUGAGGCACUGGCAUGCCAGUGAGUCAGAUCUUGGUAUGAUGACUAUUUCCAGAGAUCACAGCUUCACUGCAGAAAUCAUGCUUAAGUUAGAGAAAAAAUAAGUAAAUGCUUUGUUGGGGCAAAGGGAAGGACACACCUAGACUGCAAGGUUGAGUCAGAUCUCUCUCUACACUCUGAUGUUUUUGUACACAUUUAAUGAUUCUGCACGUUUGAAAGUUGAGCAGCUGUUUCAUGUCUGAAGUCACUCAGUAAUGUGAUUUGUGAAGAUUUAAAUAUCAUGGAAAUGAAACUGUUCCCUCCAACUGUAGCUUCAGCAACAGUACACUAAAAUGUGUAUUUGAAUGUGGUGUUUAAUUCUAUCUCUUUACUGCAUACCAAGAGUUAGUUUUAUUUUCUGUUUCAUUUCUAACUUGCAAUGGCUACAAUGCCAUUUUCAAACAUAAGAGCAGUUUGUUAUUCUAGGGAAAUAAAUUAAUUCAGAGUUUUUAUAAAAUAUUCUUAUUUUGGUAGAAAUGCAGUGUAUUACCAUGAGGUAAAGAAAUUAUAAAAUGCUGUGGCCAGUUUUCUUUUUUUUCAUGUUAUGAUACACAGUUGAAUUAGGCAACCUUUUUGGAGACUGAGGCAUUUUUAUGUGUGUUACAUUUAUUCUGUUACCAAGUACUUUCACUGAAAGCGGUCAUUUAAUGUGCUGUAAGAAACCAUGAAAGCAGCGGUAGUGUAUGUUACAUUUCGAGUUAUGACCUAUGUCUGUUUUAUUUUGUGGAGUACCUCAUUCUUAACAUCCUGUGAAGUAUCAUCCAUUUUUCCUCAGACUUAACUCUGAAUGGGAAAUAGUACUAUCCAAACUAACUUAUCUACCCGCAUAACCUCUAGAAAAUUCUUAAUUAACUUACCCCCUCUUAAUAAAUGCCCAUAAGUAGGGACACAGUUGGGUUGCAUGGCUACGCUUAUAGGCCCUGGUGGUCAUUUACCUAGUAUAUUACCUAGUAUCUAUGCUGCAUUUUUUAGUAUUUAAGGUAAUGAAAGGCAUUUUUCUUUUGACAUCCCCAGGUGUUUGUCUCUGAUAACCUCUAAUCUGGUACAUCCCAGGGCUUACUACUGUUUUAUUCAUUUUUAUUCAGUCAAGAUAAUGGUGCUAAGAAGUAUUCUGCAAUUAGUUCAAACUACCCUAACAAGAAAUGAAGUUCAGUGUUGCAGGGAGUAGUUAAGAUGCAAUAAAAAAGGCAGUUCAAUAAUUAUGCUACUGCUUUUAAGAAGCCAGAAUAUAAUGAAGUUAAAAUAAGUAAAUAUGAAAGUGACACAGAAUUGUGGUUUGGUAACCCAUACAUAUAUCGAAAUACUAGUAUGCAAAGACAGUUUCUGGAUGAUAAUUACUGCUAAAAAUGUGAGACAAUAAACUGGCCGCCUUUUUCAAAACA